GCAAAACAACAAGUUGUUCAUUAUACAAACGACAUGUCGUAACAUCAAACUUGUAAGCUGAAAAUACUAGUUAUUUGGCUAGUUUACAUUUAUCCAUGAAAACGACUUGUCGUAUAUAUACUCUAAAGGGCUAAAAAGCGUAAAAUGUUUAUCCAAGAAAACGACAUGUCGUAUAUGUACUCUAAAGAGCUAAAAAAGCCCAAAAUAUUUACUCAAGAAAACGACAUGUCGUAUAAAUACUCUUAAGAGCUAAAAAAGCAUAAAAUAUUUACCCAAGAAAACGACAUGUCGUAUAUAUCUCUAAAGGGCUAAAAUGCCUAAAACCCCCUUAAACCUUGGUCGGAGGGUCUCCGUCGUCCAAAGUCCAAACCUUUGGGGGAAAAUCGUGGUUCUAAUUAGGGUUUGGAUUUUGGGGCCAAUUAUGACUGAAGAUUCGAAACAUCCAUUGGAUACAGUCGAAUCACCACCCCAAAGACCUUCAAAGUUGGCUAGGACCAGCGAAGAAGACGACCUAGAACUAGAAGAAGACGAAGUAGAAGGAGGAGAAGAAGAGUUUGGUCCUGAUCCCCAAUCCAUGACCCAAAACCCUAGAACCAAUAUUCAGAGGUAUUUGAUUGCAAUUGAGUACAUUGGGACUCGCUUCUCUGGAUCUCAGCAGCAACCCAAAUUCAGAACUGUCGUUGGUGCUCUUCAGGAGGCGUUUCGAAAAUUUGUUGGUAAACCUGUAUCAGUUUUCUGCUCAAGUCGAACUGAUGCUGGAGUGCAUGCCUUAUCAAAUGUUUGUCAUGUUGAUGUUGAGCGCAUGAGCAAGAGGAAGCCAGGGGAAGUGUUACCGCCUCAUGAACCUGAUGUGGUGAAAAAAGCUGUGAACCAUUUUUUACAGAAAAAUGAAGGUGACAUAAUGGUGAUUGACGUUCGCUGCAUUCCACCUGAUUUUCAUGCUAGACAUAAGGCUCAAGAGCGAACGUACUUCUAUCGUUUGUUGUCUGGGCCAGAGCCUUUAUCAACAUUGGAGAAAGGCCGUGCUUGGCAUAUACCCGAGGAGCUUAAUCUCAGUGCGAUGCAGGAAGCUUGUAAAGUUCUAGUUGGUCAUCAUGAUUUUAGCACAUUCCGGGGAUCUGGCUGUCAGGCAAAAUCACCAGUGAGAACAUUAGAUGAGCUUAAUGUUUCCGAAAUGGCACCUACUCCAUAUUUCCCUUCAAUUGCAGAGAGGGGUCGAAAUGGUUUUACUCACGACGAUACUCAAAGCUUUCAUAGCGAAAGUAAUCUAGGCUUUGGCGCGAGGAGGAAACACCGUUGCCUUGUGGUAACUGCGCGAGCACGCUCUUUUCUUUAUCACCAGGUUAGAUUACUUGUUGGUGUACUCAAAGCCGUUGGCACGGGAGAUAUAACAAUAGCUGAUGUUGAAAGGAUUCUGAACGCGAGGAGUGUGAAUGCGGCGAGUCCAAUGGCGCCUGCGUGCGGUCUCUACCUCGGACAAGUGAAAUAUGAUCUGCCAUGAGAGAUGACUUUAGAGCCUUCUCUUCUUGAUGGUCAUCAAUAAGUAUAGAUCCUUGUAUUGAAUUGAGCUUGAAAUUUUUAUUGGUUAGCAUAGAACUAGAACAAGUAUUCUUUAGUACCACCAUGUUUGGUUUGGUACCAAAUUCUUAUUUAAACAUUUUGAUAAAUCAAUUCAUCAUUAUUGACGUCCUUUUAGAAA